GUAUUUGGCCCCUGUAGUCACCGUGCUGUACAUGCCAGGUCAUAUCAGAAGGCAGGGCUGAAACAAGAAUUCUAGAGACUCCUUCUAUCUCACGUCUUCUUGGACUUCACCUCUAUCCCUUCCAAUAUUAACGGGGAACAAGUGCUAAGGCUCCUGCCUAUCGAACGAUCCUGCUUCGAAGAGUUUCUGUCUGCAUCACAGAAAGUGUGCGAGCCUUGGACAAGUGGCUGCAAGGGGAAAGAAGGUCCAAAAUAAUAAUAAAACAGGGCGGUUGGAACUACCACCAUGACAAACCCUACGGAUACAGCUGGCAUCUCAGACGGAAAAUUAUUAGAACUCUUCACUAUAGCUCAUCGCGCCGCCCUGGAUCGAUCUGUACCCUUGGCUGCAACUCAGAUUAGGCAAGCGGCUACACUGCUUGGCAUGGCCAUCACUACCAACGCGGAAGAAGGUAUCAAGAUUGACACUGACAGUGAUAGCAGCAAUAGCAGCAAUAGCAGUGACAGUAGUAGCUCGUCAGAGGACAGCGAUGACAGCAGUGACGACAACGACUCUGACAAUGAGGAAGCAUCAUCCUCUUCUUCGUCAUCUUCAGAAUCCACAUCUUCCAGCUCAGAUAGUGACAGCUCUUCUGAUAGCGACGAUGAGAGCGAAUCCAGCUCUAACGCCGAAAGCUCGGACGAGGAGAGCAGCGACGAUGAAGACGAUGGAGAUGUGCCCAUGAAGGCUACCGCAAACUCAGGGAGCGCAACAACCGGACCUGCGACUCCCACCAGUCGCGCCACUUCUUCGCUUGGCAAGCGGAAACAUUCUGCAAAUGCGGAGAGUGACGAUGAUUCGUCCGAACAGAGUAGCAGCAGCAGCAGUGGUAGCAGCAGCAGCAGUGGUAGCAGCAGCAGCAGUAGCAGCAGCGAUUCUUCGGAUUCGGACAGCGAAGCGGAAGAAACGCGAAAGCCCACACCACCCAACAAGGCAAAUGAGGGCCACACGGCAAAACGAACAAAAACAGAGGCUGCAACAGCCGAUGUUACUAAUCCUCGGGACGGUUUAGCCGUUCCGAUGACUAGCACGCCCCAGGGUGGCAAGGCGACCACAAGUGAGAGUGGAACUACAAGCGGCAAAAAUACACCCAGCCGCAACGGAAACGGGACGUCGAACAGGUUCCAGCGCAUCAAGAGCGAGGAUGUCAGCUACCUGGACGAUCGGUUGAAGGACAUGUCUUAUUCGGCCAAGUCUGGUGCAGGCGAUUGGGGCGCCAAAGCUUCAGCGGACCUGAUCGUCACGCGCGGCAAAGGAUUUACCAAGGAGAAGAACAAGAAGAAGAGGGGCAGCUACAGGGGUGGUGUGAUUGACACCAGCAGCCACUCGAUCAAGUUCACUUAUGACGACGAAUAGAGCACAUUGCGUCCCUUGACAUGACGCGUAUUCCCUCACACACGACCGUAUGGCUAAAAUGUGGCGCCUGGGUGGCCUGGAGCCGGAAAUCAUCUGUUUUGCUCCUAAGCAACGGGUGGAUUAUAUUAAUCGUAGCUUUAGAUCAAAAUGCCCGGUAUUAUCAUAU